GCUCCGCUUUCUAUAAAAGGGGCGUUCUGGCUAUAGUAUCAGUAUUUUCAUUCCUUAAGUGCUGUCAGGAGAGCUGCGAUGUCUGUGGCUUUCAGAGUGCAGUUGUACUUCUUCUUGAUCUGUCUGUCAGCUCUCAAGGGAGAAAGCAGAUACCUGGAGGACAAUGACAUUACCCCAGAAGCAGUAUUUUCGCUACUUAAUUCAGAAAUCAAAAGAGAAUUAUCUGAAGAAUUUGUGUAUCGCCGACCGCUAAGGUGUAUAGACAUGCUGGCCAUGGAGGGACAAUUUACAUUCACAGCCGAUCAUCCACAACUUAACUGUGCAGCCUUCUUCAUUGGAGAACCCCAUGAGAUUAUCAGCAUUGAAUACAAUUCUGUCAACAUAGACUGCAGUGGAGGUGACUUCAUUAAGGCGUUUGAUGGAUGGAUAUUAAAAGGAGAAAAAUUUCCUAGCUCUGUGGAUCACCCCCUCCCUCUCUACGAACGAUAUGUAGACUACUGUGAAACUGGCAGCAUGAGGAGAGUUGUCCGGUCGUCACAGAAUGUGGCAAUGCUCUUUUUCCGAAUGCGCACAGCAGGGAACGGAUUCACCAUCACUGUUAAGAAGAUCAACAACCCUUUCCCAUGCAAUGUCAUUUCCCAAACCCCAGAGGGCAGUUUCACAAUGAUAACCCCACAUCAGCACAGGAAUUGCAGCUUCUCCAUCAUAUAUCCUGUGGAAAUCCAAAUAGCUGAGCUUACUUUGGGGCACUACAAUGAUUUUCAAGUGAAGAGAGCGGUGACAGGCUGCGGGGGAGCAGGGGACUUUGUGGAGCUCCUGGGAGGCAAUGGUGUCGACACAUCGAAGAUGCUUCCUGUGGCGGACCUUUGCUAUUCCUUUAAUGGGCCUGCGCAAAUGAAGAUCGGAUGUGACAACACUGUUGUGAGGAUGGUAUCCAGUGGGAAAUUUGUCAAUCGUGUGGCAUUUAACUACCGACUGCUGGACCGUCAGGAGCUGGAGAAAAUAAGGGGAAAUAACAUUGAGGAUUUCUGCUAUAUGGAAUGAGAUCCUCCUUCUGCCUAAACCAACAAAAUAUUCUUACAGAAAGCCAAAUCUUUAAAUGACUGACAUUUGUCAUGAUUGCGCUAUAUAUCUUUAACUGAGCGGUCUUAAAAAUGUGCUGUUUCAAGGAGCAUUUCUUUAUCUAUUUUACAGUGCAUUUCACAAACCCAUUUAUUUUUACUUUAGCUCCAAUUUGAUUCAUUUUAAAGUUUUUGGCUUUCAUUUAGAACUGUGUUAAACUCUUACCAAUAUAAGUUCAAUAAAACAUAUUUUUGUCUUUGUGUGCACCCGCACAGUAUAAUUUUUACUCCUAUGGAUAGAUACAACUCAUUUCCCGUAAUAACAUACAGAAAUAAUAUUACUCUGAGACGUUUUGUUCCUGAAAAUGCCAAUAUUCCAGGAGAAACUAUUUCACUUUUAUUUAUUAUUUACUUUUAUUUUUUGUAAAACAUGGACUCCAUAAAGAGAAGAGAAAACUGAAGCA